GCUCACCUCUCCCAGCACCUUCCUGCCUGAUUGAAUGCCUGGUAUUUUCUCUAACAAGGACAUCAUCAGGCCAAAGAUGGGAGCAAGCACAGCCAACAGCCUGGGGAAGAAGAGCAAUAUGUGCUGGUCAUCAGACCAGGACAACGCCACACACACUUCAACAGUGUGAUUUUUCCAGCCAGGAUUGCAGAAAAAUUCCUACUCAUUUUUCUAUCAUCCUGCCGGUCUGCAGACAGAGCUAUGCUUGCAGGAAAGCUCAGCUUCUGGCUUUGCACAUCUCAAGGAGGAGGUGCAAUAACCACCAGAGAAGAAAACACAGCUUUUCCAGAAUCACUUUGCAGAGGGUGAUGGAGGCAGGGAGAAAGCCUGUGCUCACAGGGAAAGAACAGCAGCAGACAUAAGGCUGCUGUUUUCUGGCAUUCCACACAGGUAUUCCAAAAAAGCAGCACUGCAGAAGUCAACCCAGUGAACAUGCCAAAAAAAAAAAAAAAAUAGGCAAACUGGGAGACAAAGUUUCGCUCCUUUCCUGCUCUAUUAAAUCAUCUUCACAGGACCAAAAAAAAGACAAAAAAGACUGAAGCUGCCUGGGACUCUGUUGGGAAGGGCUGGCUCUGGAGACCUUUCCUCCUUCCAGCUGCAGAAUAUCCUGGGGAGAAACCUUCAGGGGCCACCUCCUGGUAUCCACCUCCCACUGAAGCUGUUUUGGUCAGAGCCCUUCUCUUUCCUCACCUGGUUGUGGCAGGUAAGUUCAAGGUGUCCUGGCAGCAGGAAGCUCCCUUGCUCCACCCUCUGCCAAGCACAGCGGCUCCCUGAGCUCAUCGAGGAUUUUUUCCACCAGAUCAGCCAGCGACAGCGACCUGCUCUGUGUGGACACUGGAGUGGGAGUGGGACCCUGGCCAUGAAGCACUUCUCCUGUGAGCCCUGGCCAGCCCUCGCUGUGCUCGUCCUCACCGCUGCCCUCUGGGAUUCCUGCUCAGCAGCAGCUGAAGACAUCUCCAAUGUUUCAACAACUGAGUACGAACCACCAUGUCUUAGUGUGAACUUCUGCAGGCAAGCAGCCACGUGCUGCCCUUCGGGCAUGGAUGACUACGGCUGGAUCGCAGCGGCCGUCGGCUGGAGCCUCUGGUUCCUGACCCUCAUCCUGCUCUGCAUGGACAAGGUCAUGAAACUCCGCCCUGACGAACCCAAGUACUUGGUGGCCUGA